CUUCAAGUCUAUGGACCAGUUAUGUUAAUGGAAGUUGUUAAUUACUUUAAAUAGAAUGGUGAAUUCUGAGGAAGAAGCAGCUGGUCUGUUGAGCCACUUCUAACGGAGGACUGAAAAUGCCAGCAGUUGAAAGCGAGGCAAAGGCAAAAACCAAAGUCCGCUUUGAGGAAAUCUUCAGACGUCAUGCUGGCCUAACAGACAGACAGAAAUCAAAGAAAAAGAAGUUUCAGUCUGAAGAGAAUAUUGUGCUUGACACCUUUAGAAGUAAUAUUGAUUUAGCUAAGGAAAGUGUGAAUGAUGAAGCAAUUAUAAACAACACAUACAAUCCUGAAGAAGAGAGUCCCCGAUUUACAAAAAAUAAACUGAGAGAGAAGGCCUCAAUUGCAGAGAAAAUAAACAAUGAUAUUGUUUGUGGAGAGGAGAACAAGCAACCGAAGUCUAACAAGAAGAAAAAGAAAUCACUGUUACAAGAACAAUUUAAUGAGGAGGAAAAUUUAUAUGAGGCUAAAUUGGAGAGUUUUGAGGAAAAGAUUCAUGAUUUUUCAAAGAAGAAAACAAAAAGUAAAUCACAAACAGAUGUACCUCAUCAAGAAGGUGAUAGAAAGAUUAAAAAUUCCUUGACUGAAGAGAGAAAUGUAACUGAAUUGGAAGAGGAAGAAGAGCUAAUUCGAGCCUAUCAGCUGCAUGUGGCUGAGGAUGAGGCAAAUGCAAUUAAAAAGAAGAUAAGAAUGAAACUUAAAGAACAGAUGUCCGAAUUUACCUCCAGUGUUCAAAGCCAUGAAGUUGUACUGAACAAUGAAGUGGGCAAAAAGAAGAAAAAAAAGAAAGAAGUAGCAGUUUUAAGUGAAGCUGAAACAAGUGCAAUGUCCCUUUCUGAGCUACAGCAUCAUCCAGCAGAAGAUGGUAAUCAAAAUCAGUCAUUGGAAAGACUAUUUACAUCAGAAGGACAGAAACUGGAAGAAAGCAUGGAAAAAAAGAAACCUAAGGCAAAGAAGGUUAAAAAGAAAAACAGAAAAGAAGAAAACACGGAAGUUGCUGUAGAAAAUGACGAGGAAAUGAAGAAUUCAGAAAUUUCAACUCAGUCUAAACUUGGUUUUGAUGAUGAUCUUGUGUUGGGAGUUUAUAUCCAUCGAUCUGAUCGACUUAAAACUGAUCUCCUGGUGUCUCAUCCCAUGGUUAAAAUCCAUGUUGUUGAUCAGAGAAGUGGCUUAUAUGUCAAGAAGGAUCACAGCAAGAGGAAAGUUUCAUCUUAUUAUGAACAAGAACAAAUAGAGCAUAUUCUUCCUAUUAUGACACAACCAUAUGACUUCAGACAGUCUAAAUCAACAGUUCCAGAGUGGGAGGAGCAAGUCAUAUUUAAUGAGCGUUUCAGUUACUUUAUUCAGAAUAACGAAGAAAGCCCUUGGGUAAUCCUGUUUUUUGAGAUCCUUGAUUUUCUGAGUAUGGACGAAGUGCGAGCCAACUCUGAUGUACAAAUUCAGGAAUGUGGUUUCCGAAAAAUUUGUUGGGCAUUUCUAAAGCUUGUAGGUGCAAAUGGAGUUCGAAACAUUGAUGGAAAACUCCGUCUGCAAUUAUAUUACCCACCUCCAAGGAUGAAGUCACAUUCAAAUGUUGUUGAGGUUUAUGACUGGUGGGCAAAAUGUCCUAGAAAUCGUUACCCAUCAACUUUAUAUGUAACUGUAAGAGGCAUAAAACUGCCAGACCAUCUCCAAAGAGAGGGAUCUAAAAAAUCAUGUGAACCUUUUCCAGAGGAGAAGGAGCCAAUUAAAUGGACAAGAUUGCCUGGACAGGUUUGCCGCAUACCGAACAAGCAUCUGUUUUCACUGCGAGGUGGAGAUAUGGGCUGUUUCUGUAUUCGUUUCUCUCAUGAUGGGAAAACACUGGCAGCAGCAUGUGCAGGAAAGAAUGGCUAUCCCAUUCUUUUGUAUGAAAUUCCUUCUGGACAGUUACUGAGAGAAUUUUAUGGUCACCUCAACAUAGUGUAUGAUCUUUGUUGGUCAAAAGACAAUCAAUAUCUUCUUACUGCAUCCUCUGAUGGCACUGUCAGAAUGUGGAAAAUAGAAAUGCAGGCGGCAUCUGCAGUGAGAGUUUUCCCUCAUCCUUCGUUUGUUUAUACUGCUAAGUACCACCCAGUUGCUGACUCCUUGGUUGUGACAGGGUGUUACGAUUCAGUGAUUAGAAUUUGGAAUGCAAAUGUGAAAGAAAACCAUGGGCAGCUGCUACAGGAGCUUGAUGGUCACAAAAGUUUCAUCAACACACUGUGUUUUGAUGCAGAAGGGCUCCACAUGUUCUCAGGAGAUAGCUCCGGACUGAUAAUAGUUUGGGAUACAUCUGUCAAAGGAAGUUCUCAACACCUAUUUCAACACUGGAGGGUUAAUAAGGAAAUAAAAGAAAAUGAUAUUAAAGGAACACCAAUAAAUCAUUUGGAGGUACAUCCAAAUGGAAGGCGUUUAUUAAUCCACGCCAAAGACAGUACCCUGAGAAUCAUGGAUCUCAGAAUCUUGGCUACAAAGAAAUACAUAGGUGCCACAAAUUACAGAGAAAAGAUUCACAGCACCUUAACACCGUGUGGUACAUUCCUGUUUUCUGGAAGUGAAGAUGGAAAGGCUUAUGUUUGGAAUCCAGAAACAGGAGAUCAGGUGGCCAUAUAUUCUGAACUCUGCUUCACAUCUCCACUUCGUGAUGUUGCCUUUCAUCCACAUGAACACAUGGUGUCAUUUUGUGCCUUUGGUCAAAACCAGCCAAUACUUGUAUACAUUUAUGAUUAUAAAGUUGCACAACAGGAAGCUGAACUCGUAAAAGAUCUCAGUUCAUCACUUAGCACAGCUGCACCAAGAGGGCCACAGUUCUUUAGCAGUUUUUCUGAAAUUCCUAUGCAGAAAAGUUCAGUGAUGUCUCCAGCAGAUCAGUUUGUCAGUGUUGCAAGAACAUCAAUGAGAAUGCAGAAGGUGAAACAAAAACUUGAUUCUGUUAUGGCGAGCUCAAAUCUCUUGCUUCCUGCGCCAUCAUCGCUGUCACCACACUCCAGGCUAAGACUGCCAGGCACUCUGAGCACUCCACUGAAUCCUCUGUAUUCUUUCACUACUAAAAGUGGGUGCUUCAGCCCAGUAGGAAAUCCUCUUAGCCGAACACUAUUGGGUAGACUACAGACGAGUGAUGACUGCCUGACUGCACUGGGGGUGAGAGGAGGAAGCAGUUGUCCACUCGGACAAGAGACAGUAGUGGCUCUUUAUGACUACACAGCGCAUCGAUCAGAUGAGCUAACCAUCCAUCGCAGUGACAUUAUCCAAGUGUUAUACAAAGAUAAUGAUAACUGGUGGUUUGGCAGCCUAGCAAAUGGACAGCAAGGCUAUUUUCCAGCUAAUUAUGUGGCUGGUGAAAAAGAAUAUGAAGAACAACCUUCAGGAUUAGUACCAGAUUCUGCUCCUCUCCUCCCUGAAGGACCAACAGAAGUAGAGGAAGGUUCUCCAACACUACAUAAGAUGUCACCAGUCAUCAGUAAGUCAAGGGACCUAAAAUGUAGCUCUGAGCGUGACACAGACAGAGACUUACCUGCAACACAAGGUGCAAAGAAAAAGAAGAAAAGGAUACAGAAGAACGCAACAGAAAAUCAGCACAACUUAAUGGGUCUCAGUACUCCUGUAUCAUCAGUUACAGCUAACAGUGUUGAAAAUGGACCUAUAGCCCAUGGGGUGGAGUUGAAGAAGAAAAAAAAGGCAGUGAGAGGCUCAAAGUUAAGCACAAAUGGAAAGACAAAUAUUGCCUUUGAGCCUGAAUGCUAUGACGUAUAA